AUUAAGGAGUUAGAAAAUGAACUUGAUGCUGAGCAGAAACGAGGAAUAGAGUCACUGAAAAGUGCUCGCAAGUAUGAACGAAGGUUGAAGGAGCUCACUUACCAGUCUGAAGAAGAUAAGAAAAAUAUUUUCCGGCUCCAGGACCUGGUGGACAAGCUGCAGUUAAAAGGGAAAGCAUACAAGAAACAGGCUGAGGAAGCUGAAGAGCAGGCAAACAUUAAUCUCUCACGAUGCCGCAAGACCCAGCACGAGCUGGAAGAGGCUGAGGAACGAGCUGAUAUUGCUGAAAGUCAGGUUAACAAGUUGCGAGCCAGAAGUCGUGAUAUUGGAGGACAG